AUGGCACUACCUUCAUAUGCCCAGGAGCAAUAUACCAUGGCAGAACCGCUUCAAAUGACAGAUCAGCACACGACCAAUCCGUCAUUCGCUACAGCGUCAUCUGACAUGUCCACACUUGGCAUGCCUGAAGUUGACUCCCAUUUGCAUAAAGAAUGUGGGAGCCAAAUAACAGGUAUCUUAGACCCAGCGGACGAAACGGCUGAUGCUGCUAUGACAUUAUGCAUGAUAUUCGGACAACCCACCAAACCGCCAGAAACACCAACGAUCGAGCAUCAAGAAGUCUUGACCCACUCACAUGAAGACCAGAGGCUUUUAAGAACGGCGGAAAGCGGGAGUGCGAGUAUACCGCCCGGAAAAGGGGACAACUUACAGGCAGUAGUGACGGCAAAUGCAUACGAAGCAAUUGCUUGUUCGAUCAGCCACGUCAUAGAGCCAUCCAUGGAGAUCUGUGAGAAAGAGAAACCACAUGAGGGCCAACAGGCAUACCCAGACGACUCCAUUUCCGAUCCUCAAGGCCAUCCAGACGAUUCUAUAGAAACCUCGACCUGCUGGGAUGACGCCGUUUGGGCGUUUGAACACGAGAAGUUGCCCUGCGACAUCAUAAGAGAUGAUUUUCUCGACGAAGGCCAGACUGGUACAGAAAAUCUCCUCGGAAAUCAAGCUAUUGACAAGUUUCUGUCCCUAGUGGAAGGGUUUGAAAUGCCUGGAAUGGGAAGCCCUUCCAACGUUGGCCCAAGAGAAACGUCAGUCCAAUACAAAAAGAGUAUCAACAUGUCUGAUGAUGCCACUGAUCUCCUGAAAGAGACCAGAAGCAGCUCAAUCAUUCGUGAUCACCGCAGCCCAUCCUAUGGUGAGCCACAGGAGGCACCAUCAGCUCCUACUGAGCAGAUGGAGUUCUUGAACGGUUCUGUGCCUAUCACCACCGACACGAUCAAUGGAGAAGUGAUUGCCAUAGAAGACUCGACCAACGCCAGCGACAUCAGCGACUCGCCAUCAAACAUUACCGCGGAUCAACGCCCAUGGGCAGACCCACAACCUCGUGCACGAUCUCAAACACCCAUCAUUAUUGACACGAACAAUGGAGAAGCGAUUGUCAUAGAAGACUCGAGUGACUCAAGCGACAUCAGCGAUUCCAGCGACUCGGCAUCAGAGAUUACUGCAGAUCGACGCACAUGGGCAGGUUCACAACCUCGCGUUCGAUUCAGACCUUCGCGUGUACUGGAUGGUAUGGUACGAUGGUCCGACGCAUAUCCCCCGAGGACGUGCCAGACGGCUGCCCCACAACUUUGGAUCGAUGCCCAAAACUACUGGAAGUCGGCGCGGGCGAUGAAGCGUUUUGCCGGAAGCAAGAAAGUCAGAAAAUUCGACAAGAUUAUGGUUAAAGCACAGAAGCGCUUUCAACAACACGGGGGCACCAUAACCGUACAAGCUGCAAACAAAUUACAUCGCAAGUUCAAGCAGAUCCUGCCCCAUCUUAUUGGGCAACUGAGCAAUUCAAAGCAACGGAAAUUCUUGCAAGAUGUGGAUCGCACGCUGAAAGAUUUGUACACGCUAGUAGAGGUAACGGCGAUGAUGACAGAGCCACCAGAAAGUGACGGUGAUAAGGACGACGGUGACUACAAACCUAGAGGGGCAACAAGGAGAGUAUAG